AUGUCUGCAUCAAAGCCUGUCUUCAUUCUCGUGUGUGGUGGAUGGCACUCUCCGGCCUGCUAUGAUAAGCUGAAAGACCAGCUUGAGGCUCGAGGCUACGAGUAUUAUUGCCCUCACCUGGCAUCGAUGGGUCCUGCUGCGAGCGGCAUGACAUACGAGGCAGACGUUGAGGUGGUUCGCGGCAUUGCACUGCCGUUGAUUGAUCAAGGAAAAGAAAUCGUCCUCAUCGCACAUUCUGCAGGUGGUGUACCGGCGGUUGUCGCUAGUCAAGGUCUUGAAAUCAGCCAGCGUGCAGUCGAUGGCAAACAGGGCGGCUUCAAACAUAUCAUCUUCAUCGCUGCCGUCAUAAUCCCUGUCCGUGGUUCGGAUACACUGCAGACGUUAGGAGGCCAAUGGCAACCGGGACAGGGAGGAGUUGAGCCCUACACCAAGAACAACCUUAUGACGAUCCAAAGAGGAGCAGAAAAGGCAUUGUACAGCGAUCUCCCUGAAGCCGAAUCCGAGAAAUACUACGACCUCUUUGAGCCACACUCGCAGGACGCCUUUGAGACGCCUGUGAACUACAUUGCUGCUGAUGUCACCAUUCCGAAAACAUUCAUCGUGACAGAAAAGGAUGCUGUGUUCCCGCCGUUUGCCCAGAAGGCUCUCGCGAGCAGUGUGCCAGGCAUGAAGAUUGAAAGCAUUGAGACCAGUCACAGUCCGUUCGCGAGUCAACCGGAACAUUUGGCGGAUAUCAUCGUGAGAGUUUCUGCUGGCGAUGGACAGUGA